UUAACAAGCACGCGGGAAACAAAACCCCCCACGUCACCCCACGUACGGAAAGCGUACCGUCGAAGAUUACACUCAUUUUUUCAACUUCAAAUAACCCAAUCGACGCAUCUCUCACUACAAUCAUUCAUUCUAGGGUUUCUAAUCUUCAUCACCUGUAACAACACAAUCAUUCAUUCUAGGCUUUCUAAACUCUUCAUUGUAACAAUGUCGAACGUUGAUCGGAACACGACGCCGCUUAAAUCGGAGGACAAGAAGAGUAACUUUACCAAUCAGUCCGUUGAUGAAAACCUUAGCGAGCGCAGAGUUCUUCGUGUUGGUUAUCUGUCGAUUCAGAACUUCAUUCGCGAUAAGAAGGAUGAGAUAUCCGCGGUUAGCUCGAAGAAGUUUCUCUCGAUUAUCGAUGAAGUGGAUGGAAUGCAUCAUCUAGUCAACAAUCCAAGAGAGCAAGUAUCUGAUGCAGAGGCAUUACGAGAUUUGGCGAACACUUUGGUGACUUCCAUAAGAGUGCAUAGCACUGGAAAUGUAACUCCAUCAGUGUUUGUGUCAAGCCUGAUCACUCGGUUUGGUAAGAAGAGGAAGAUAGGAAGCACUGAAAGUGUCAAGAUUCGCUGGAAAGACAUUGGUUUGCAUGUUUCUCCGGUUUUCAUGAUUGGUAACGGUUCCUCCACGAUGCUUGGACCGAUGAAGCUUGAACCAAAACCACCAAAGGCUUCAGUUUCUCGAAAACGCCGUAGGUCGUUAAAGGUAGAGAAGGUGAAACCGGAAGAGCUUGAGGAUACUGUUUCUAAAGAAAAGACAGAAACCGAGAAGACGAUCGCUAAAAUGUUUGAUGUUCUAAAAAUCAACAAAAAAGUUCGUCUUGAGAACCUGGUUCUAAACAGGAUCUCAUUUGCACAAACCGUGGAGAACUUGUUUGCGUUAUCCUUCUUGGUGAAAGAUGGCCGGGUUGUGAUAACGGUGGAUGAUAAUGGCUCUCAUUAUGUUUCACCACGGAAUGCUCCCGCUGCUUCCUUGAUUACAUCUAGGAAGGUGGUAUACUCACACUUCAUCUUUAGGUUUGACUUCAAUGACUGGAAGAUGAUGUCGAAAUUAGUGGCUGAAGAUUCCGAGUUGAUGCCUCAUAGGACCAAGGUGAAUCCUUUUGGUGAUUCUCAAUCAGAAUCAAAUUCAAAUGCAAACAGUAAUCAAACUACAAGAACAGAGACAAAAACACCAUCAAAAAGGUUCAAGGAAGCUGAUGGGUUGCAUGAAUAUUGAUUUCAGUAAAGAGGAAGCUGGAAACUAAUUUGAGGUAAUUUGUUAAAAGAUGUAGCUUUUGGUGUUUUUUGUGCAGAAUAUUAAGGUAUGAUACAGAUACACUACAUCUUCUGGGUUAUACAUAUUGCUCUGCUAUUUUGUAAAUUCUCAGUGUCUCCAUUUAGUUUUAUAUAUUUCAUUACAGGAAA